AUGCAGAAAGCGACAACAGGAACGACGCAGAGAACAACGACUCAGGCUUCCUCGCCUGUCCCGCUCGCAUGUCGUGCUUGUCGGAAGAAACAUCUCAAGUGCGACGGCCUACAUCCGGUCUGCAGCCGAUGCCGGAAAACGCGCACCUUAUGCGAAUACACCCCGUCUCGCCGUGGCUACAGGUCGACACCUAAGCCAACUAUAGCCGCAAGGACUAGUAUAAGUUCUCCAUCUGGCUCAUCUGUACCGUCUGACAAUCAGUCCAAGUCGCCAAACAACUUCGAUUUCAACAAUGUGAUGCAGACGCCAGAAUGGGCAGCUCAAGAUCCUUCGAUCAUGAACGCUAGCUCCUCCACAGAGUCCUUGGAUACAUCGCCUCUAGCAUUGCUAGAUCAAGGGAUUCUACGUCGUAACAACCUCAUCUCAAAAGUUGGUGACCCGAUGUAUACCGAUGACAGUGAUGCGCGACUGGUUGACUUUUACUACGCCUUUUUCCACGAAUCUCAUCCAAUAAUGCCCCCUACCCACUUGCUGCAUUUCAUUUCCCCGUUUCCAGCAUGUUUGAAGACAGUUAUGAAAUUCGUUGGCGCUCAUUUUGCUUUCGGAGUGUCUACCGAUGCCUACAAAAUUUCCACAGCCAAAGCGAUUGAGAAUGAUCGGGAACCGUCCUAUCAGAAAGUCCAAGCUCUCCUUCUCUUUUCAACGAUUCUCCACGCGCGAAACGAUCGCGAAGAGGCCAUCUCUUACUUCUCCAUUGCGGUUAACUUAGCCGUUGAACUGGGCAUGCACCGGAAAUCCAUGGUUGAAGUUCUCGCAGGCGGUAACUUUGUUCGUGAAGAGAGCAUAAGGCGAACUUGGUGGGAAAUCUACAUGACCGAUGUCAUGUUUGGGGCAUUUGAUCACUGUCCCUUGAAGAUUGGAAACUUGACCAUGGACGUACAUCUUCCCAGCGAGGAGGCUAGUUACUGCACCGGCAUCAGCCUCGUUGAGCCACCGUCAACCACCCAAUUCUAUAACCGUGUAUUUGCCGAUCACUCACCUAAAUACUCGUCUUUCUGCUAUGCAGUCGAAGCAACUCACCUGUUGAAGCGGGGAAUAGCCCUCGGUGUCACACUUGACGACGAAGACGUACGUGACCAAGUUGAAGCUCUCGAAGCAAAUAUCGGUAGCUGGUUCCGCCAUGCACCAGAGGACAGGCCCAACGCUCUAUGCAUUGACGGAACCGUCGACCAGGUAUUGUUCCGCGCCUACAUGCUGGUCCACUGUGCCUCAAUAUAUCUCCACCUGCCACGAUCGUGUCUAAUGGCCUCCCCUACCGCUAAUGCCACCAUUGCCUGUGCGCGCAGGGGAACCUACCUGCCGCCCACUUCCCACACACUCACGCACGCCUCCAAAGCGCUCGAGGCUGGGAACGGGAUCGUUGCCCUGGGCUCCAUCCGCACCCCUCUCCUCAAGCACACUCCCUUUUUUAUCUGCGGCCUUGUCCUUGGCGCAGUCGUUGAACUCUGCGCCUGCUCCGUCAAUGUCGGGCACUCGAUCGAGCCCCGCAGGGACCGCAUAGCGUUGAUCGUUGGAGAACUGAAAGCACUGGACCGCACAUGGGCGCUGGCGCAUCAGGUUAUGUGGCAUAUCAAAAUGUUGGCACGAGAGGUGUUGGAGAUUGGUCUCUUGCCACCUACUCAAGCGACUUUGGAAGAUCCGGGCCCAGACGUUAAUGUGUUGCUGUAUAGUGAUAUGUGGUUGGGAGAUAUUACCAUGAACCCGAAUAUGUAG